AUGAUCUCUGUUGGCUACAUGAAGCCGUUACUUUCCUUCCUUCCCUCCUCCCUCAGCUUCAUCCCACAUGUCGGUCUGUUCUCCAACAUCCAAGCCUGCUCUGGUCACCACUCAAUCUCAACAACAACCUCCGAUCACUCCCUCAUCCACGACAUCCUCACCAGCACCGCCCGCAUCCAGAACACGUUCAAACACAUCGGCGCCCACUCGAAGCAUGGACUCACUCGUGUGGCAACGAGCUCCACCUACCUCUUCAACUCCAUCGUCCGCCUUGCAAUCUCGCUGCCCACCACCGCGAAGUCUGUCUGCAAAGCUGCCAUGCUCCGAAUCCAUGGCAGCUUGUCUUCAACCUCGACCCACUUCAUCAACUGCGUCGUCCGCAUCACUGCUCCAGCGAUCGCUUUGACCAGCGCCGGAUACAACGCCUGUAAAGCUGCUAUGCUCCAGGCGAACAAGAGCGUGGCAACGACCUGGACCGAGAUCAUCAACUUCGUCGUCCGCAACACUGCUUCGGCGAUCGCUUCGACCAGCGCCGAGUACAACGCCUACAAAGCUGCCGUCCUCCAGUCCCACGUGGUGACGACCUCGAUCCACUUCAUCCGUUUCAUCACGGCUCCCAUCGUGGAACCCGUUCAGACUGUCUUCAAUGCCUUUCAUCACGACGACAGCAUUCACCCUUCGAGCCCCUCGAACAGAAAAGUAAAGCAGAACGGAGGCGGUAUGCAUGGGCCUGGCGGAAAAGACGCUUGCACUGGUGGAGACGGUGAUAUGACCAACAGUUGGGUUCUGGUGAAAGAUGUGAAAGCUUGCUCUGUCGUGUUCGCACACCGGGACAGCUGUGUGGGAUGUGAGCAUGGUGAUGGCUAUGCGGGAGUUUGGGAACAAGUUGCACGGGACAACAGAUGGCAUGGAGAGGUUGUACUCGAGGAGGCUCGCAGCACUUGCUGGCGGCGUCUAUUGAACCAUGCAGAUCAAUCAAAAGCGGUCCAAACCAGUCUGUGCGAUCGACACUAUGAGAUUCACGGAUCUCUGCCGUCAACAUGUGCCUCGGCAUCGUUCUUCCAGCCAUGGCACAACCGCCCCGGACCAACAUACUCCACCGAGGCAUCCUUGUCGCGGACAUCUUCGACAAACCCACGGUCGGCGCGAAGCUCUGCCAUCCUGCUGCAGGCAUCAGGAAGCGCUACGACGACCUGCUUGUCUACAAUCAGAACGAAGAUGACGAGAUCAGGCCACAGCGAGGAAAUCGAUCUUGCUCUCGCUUUCGGCUCCGCGGUAUCUCGAACCGAAGAAUCGACCAGCGACUUUGUGGAUUGGCAAACCGAGAAACUUCUCAUUGACUCUCCACAGUACACACCGCAGACCCAGAACUCUCUGCCAACCCCAUCCUGGAGGAAAUCCAUCCAAGUCAAGGAGCCCACAUCGGAGGAGAUCAUGUCGGACGAUGAAGGGUCGAUUGGUGAUGAAGACGACAUGUAUAUCUCUGAAGACUAUUUCGGCAUGCGAAUAGAUGGAGGACGACCAGCAACAGGCCUGGCGAAGGAGGCGAAGACUCUGCUAGGCAAGAACUCCACUAGCGUGCCGGCGAAGGAGCAGAAGCGCAAGGUAGUGCCCAAAAGCAUUACCGGCCUGGACAACACAUCACCGACGACGACUAACCUGAGCGGUGAAAACACCAAUCUGUCCGGCCGCUACCGCAACACUGAUGAUACUCUCAUCGAGGUCCAGCGGUCGGAGCUGCCAGCAGAGAUUGUCCAGCAGGUAGAGCAGUUCCUGGCUCCGGUGGCAGAACGACCAGGACUGGCGUGA